AUCAUUCGCCGGGCAGCCUUUCCUUUCCCUCGUUCCUUCCUUGGAAGGUUGCGUUGCUCCCCUUCUCCCUCCGAUCCUGUCAGCUCGUAGCAUAAGUCCAACAGAAUAAGUGACGCAGAAGCAGCGGUCAACCUAUAUAUACCAUAGUGGAGCCGGCCAGCCGGGCCGCAUUUUCUUGGCACGCUUGCAGUAGGGAGGGACUCGUCUGGACCUGCUUCUGCCGGUGAUCAUGGAGGCCGCCGCGAGGGACGCGCAGAGCGGGCUGGAGUGGCGGGUGACGGUGCCGGAGGGCGCGUCGGUGACGGUGGAGUACGAGGCCGGGCCGGCCGGCAUGGCCUGGGCGUGGCUGCUCGCCUGCGUGCUCUUGCUCGGAGCCAGGGUCUCCGGCUUCGCCAAGAAGGUGUGGAAGAUUGGCGCCGACGAUCCGAGGAGAGUGGUGCACGGCCUCAAAGUCGGCGUUGCCCUUACCUUGGUCUCCGUCUUCUACUACACCAGGCCGCUCUACGACGGCGUCGGCGGGGCUGCCAUGUGGGCCAUCAUGACCGUCGUCGUCGUUUUCGAGUACACUGUUGGUGGCAGCGUGUACAAAGGGUUCAACCGGGCCGUGGCGACGGCGAGCGCCGGCGUGCUCGGGCUGGGCGUGAGCUGGGUGGCGAGCAAGUCCGGCGAUAAGCUCGAGCCGGUCAUCACCUGUGGCUCCCUCUUUCUGCUUGCUGCGGCAGCCACCUUCUCGCGGUUCAUACCCACGGUCAAGGCCCGGUUCGACUACGGCGUGACCAUCUUCAUCCUGACAUACAGCCUGGUGGCCGUGUCGGGGUACCGCGUCGACGAGCUGGUGGCGCUGGCGCAGCAGCGGCUUGUCACCAUCGCCAUCGGCAUCUUCAUCUGCCUCGCCGUCUGCGUGCUCAUCUGGCCCGUGUGGGCCGGCCAGGAGCUGCACCAGCUCACGGUGCGCAACAUGGAGAAGCUCGCGGCCGCCGUGGAGGGCUGCGUGGAGGACUACUUCGGCGAGGAGGAGGGCGCGCAGGCCAAGUCGGAGGGCUACAAGUGCGUGCUCAACUCCAAGGCGUCAGAGGACUCGCAGGCCAACCUGGCGCGGUGGGAGCCCGCGCACGGCAAGUUCGGCUUCCGCCACCCCUACGCCCAGUACGCCAAGCUCGGCGCCGCCAUGCGCCACUGCGCGUACUGCGUGGAGACCCUCAACAGCUGCGUCGGCGCCGAGCUCCAGGCCCCCGAGAGCGUCAAGCGGCUCCUCACCGACGUGUGCACGAGGCUGGGCGCGCAGUGCGGGCGGGUGCUGAGGGAGGCGUCCAGCUCCGUGGCCACGAUGACGACCUCCCCGGCGCUGGACUUCGCCGUGGCAGACAUGAACACGGCCGUGCACGAGCUGCAGGGCGACAUGCGGGAGCUCCCGUUUACCCUGGCAGGGGAGCCGGGGGAGGCGUCGCUGAUCGACGCCAUGCCGCUCUUCACCGUGGCGUCGCUGCUGACGGAGAUAUCGACGAGGAUCGAGAGCGUGGUCGACGCCGUGGACACGAUGGCCAGCCUCGCCAGCUUCAAGCAGGCGGACGAUGAUGACGACAAAAAGGGGGAUGCCGAGCUGAAAACGAAAGUACAUCCGUUGAACGAGACAGACUCCGACGAGCCACCUGAAGAAAACAAAACAACAAAACCUUCUGAGCAGGUUUAGAACGAGCGUCUAUGAAAGCGCUCCGGAGCAGCUGGACUUAUCGGACCGGACGAGUAUGAUCAGAUUUAACCUGACAAUACCAUCGAGUUAGCUAUAUCAGUAGUAAUUACAUUCUUGUUUAUAGCGUUGGUUAUUAUUUUCCGCGGACAGAAGAUGAUGCAUAAACUUCUGAUCCGCGGCGUUCAGGUCGAAUAAAAACCGGCUUAUGAUCA